AUGAUUAAGCAAUCUAUGAAUUUUUCAUUAAAAUAGAGGAGAACUUAAUCUUUGGAAGGUGACAUAGAUGAAGAAGUAUUUGGAGAACUGAAGAAUGAAAAAGAUUUUGAGUCAAGAUUGCAAUAACUAAAUGAAAUAUAGCAAAUACAUUAAAUGACUCAAAGUUCAGGAAUGUCUAUGUCAUCUGGUCGAAGUAAACCUUCAAAGCAUCAGAUGUUGGAAAGUUAUGCUCAUUUAAUUUAAGAGAUGGUUCAUAAUAAGGAAUUACAAUAAUUCUGUCAUUAAUUUGGAUUUACAAUUUAGGAAUUAGAAAAAUAUACUAAAGUAGAAGAGCGAUAGAAUUUUGUAAUAGGAGCGAUGUGUAAGAACAUAAAGGAAUAGAUGCAGAGUAUAAUAAUAAUUAAAUAGGUUUUAUGACUAAGGUAGAAUUAAGAAUGCAUUAAUAUAGAGUAGACGAAUGGAAUGAAUUAAAGAAAAUGAAUAAUCAGAACAUAAACAUUUUUGAAUGGUUGAAUGUGAAAUCAAAAUAUGAGCAUUUGAGAAAGAAAUUACAAUAUGCUUUAAUUGAUAGUAUAACUGCUACAAAAUCCAAGUAGUAAGAGGAAAAAAGAAACAGAACUUUUAGUUAAUCUAAUGCUUCUUAAAUAAGUAGAGCCAGCACAACAUUUGCUACAACCAGUAGAAGAAGGUUGGCAUCAAUUUAAGAAGAAGUUACAGUGAAUCCUAAAAUAUAAUUAGUAUCUGAAUAUAAAGAUUUUAAAGCAUAGUGGAAUAUAGAUUUAGAGAGAUAGUAUAAGUAGAAAGGUAAAAUUCAUAAGGUAUUGGGAUUGUAUCCUGUUAUUCAGAAAGCUAUAUUAGAUAAUGUUGGAUAGAGUGUUUGGAAUUAAUAGAGAGAUAGAUUACUCACUAAGUAUACAGAAGGAGGAUGUCUCACAGAAGAGGAAGUUAAAUUUAUAGCUACUACAUCUCAAUUAUUAAAUAGUUGCUCAGAUAAGGAAUUUCUAUAGAAAACUAUAUCUCAUUUGGAUAAAAACAUCAUUGAUUAAAUUGAAUAUAAUAUAGCUGAAUGUAUAUUGGCUACAUAUACUAAUAUAUCUAAUGAUGUCAAAUCUCUUAGAUAGGUAUGGCUUAAAAAAAUUAGUGCUAAUCUUGAAUAAUAGGUUAAAGAUACUCAUUUCAGUGUUUUAAAGAAGAUGUAAUUACAAAAAAAUUAAAAGGAACUUGAAAAAGUUAAGGUGAAAAUGGUUACUGUUUUCAAAGAUUUGCAAAAAAAACAUUUAUUGAAAUUGCAGAAGGAAUUAGAUAAGGAUCACUAUAUUUAAUAAUAAAAAGGUGUAAAUAAAGUUAUUUUGAAAUUCAAAGAUAAACUAAUGAAAAAACUUAAAAGAUAUAGAAGCGAAAAGAAUAUGGAUAUUGCUAAUAAUUUUAUUACUAGGAAUAUACCAAAAUAAUAAAAUCUACUUUUUAAAAUUAAUAAAGAAAUGAAGUCAACUGAAUUUGUUUAAAGAAUGUUUCAUCCUCCAUCAAAAUUGAUUGUAAAGAAUUCUGGAUCUAAGACUGAAAGAGCUGUUAAAGAAGAAUAAAAAUAUAAAGUUAGAUCUUCAAGUACUAUUAGAUAAUCUGAUUAUAAAUAAUAUUUGAGUGGAGGUCCAUAAACAGAAAGGCAAUUUGCUUCUAAAUCUUUAGCGGAUUAAAAUUAAUAAAAAGUUAGUGGACAUAAAAACCCUCAUGAAUGGAUUACUACAGAAAUUGAAGUUGCUGCUAUUAAUAAAAUAAAAGCUGCUAUUAGAGCUUAUCUUUAAAGAAAAAAAUAUAAAAAAUAAAAAUAAAUAAAAGCAGAAUAAGAAGAAUAAAAAAAGAAUUUAUUGAUGUCUCUUACUAAGAAGAAUCCAGAAAGGAUUUAAAAAAUUGAAGCAGAAGUUAUUAAUGUAAUUAAAACAUUGGCUUUAAAUAAAUAAAAAAGUUAGUCAACUAUUUAUUCUUCAAAAUAAAGACUAUAAUCUGAUAUGAAACUUAAAACUAGAAAAUUAUUUUAAGCUGCUAAAAAAAGAUCUCUUAAUAUUGCUAUUCAAUCAGGUUUUUUUUAUACACCAGAAGAUGUUAAUUAGAAAGAUGAAUUUGGAAGAACUCCACUUUCUUAUGCCGCAGAAAAUGGAGAUGAAUCUAUUUGCAAUUAUUUAUUAAAACUUGGAGCCAAUAUCAAUAUUCAAAGUUAUGAUGGCAUGACUUCUAUGCAUUAUAUUUUUAAAAGCAAUUCUAUCCCUCUUAUUAUGAAAUUUAUAAAUUUAGGUGGCGACUUAAAUAAAUUAAAUCAUGAUGGAUUAACACCUGUAGCCUUUUGUAGUCAAGAAACUAUCAAAAAGUUAAAUUUAACCAAAAUGAUCUCCUCUUCUCUAAAAAAAGGAUCUUUUGAUAAUCACUCCAUCUUAAAUAAGAAAUAUCCUUAACAUACAGACAUUAUUGAAGCUUUAGAAUUCUCAGGUAAUUUUAGUAAAUUAUAAUGA